GCCGAUGAUGAUGAUGAUGAUGAUGAUGAUGAUGAUGAUGAUGAUGAUGAUGAUGAUGAUGAUGAUGAUGAUGAUGAUGGUAAUGAUGAUGACGAUGAUUAUGCUGAUGAUGCUAAUGAUGCAGAUGAUGGUGGAAGGGGAAGCUGAUAGUUGUUAACG